AUGGCGCCUCUUUGCGGGCAGAAUAUGGCCGCAGCCGAGCCGCGGUCGGAGCUGAAGCAGCACCGUCUGCGCGAGGUCUCGAGGGCCGACUCCCGCAACCUUUACUAUAUCGGCAUGAAAUCCAACAUGGCUGGUUACCAGGAUUCCGCGGAUGUGGCUGGCGAGAAGGUGAAGAAGCCGCAGGGAUCCCUUAUCGCACGUCGGCUGAGUUCGGCCGACACUGAGGUCUCCUCGACGCUUUUCCGGCGCAUGUCGAGCGUCGGCAAGCAGUACGUUCCGCAUUCUGCCGACGGGACGCACGGCGGCGUGGCUCUGCCGCCCACUAACAUGACGAAGGGAAUCAGCGUGUCCGCCCGCGACCCGCCCAGGAACCAUUUCGGUGAAAACAACUUCAAGUCGAGCUGCCCCGUGACGGAGCACCGGCGCCAGCACCCCGCGCCCGUGCCGACGCGUACGAAGGGCGCCUCUGCCAAGCAAAACCUGGUCGCGGGGAACACGGUGUGGGAGCUGCCGGAGAAGUACAAAGUGAUCGACAUCGUCGGGUCGGGUUCGUACGGCCAGGUGUGCCGCGCCUUCGACAUUGAGAACCAGCGCUACGUGGCCAUCAAGCGCAUCCACAAGGUUUUCGAGGACCUGAUAGACUGCAAGCGCAUCUUGCGCGAGAUUGCGAUCCUGAACCGGCUGGACCACCCCAACGUGGUGAAGGUGUUGGAUAUUGUGAUCCCCAGUGACUUGGAGAACUUCAACGUGCUUUACGUGGUGCUUGAGAUUGCGGCGUCCGACAUCAAGCUGCUGGUGCGCUCCCCGGCGUUUUUGAACGACAACCACAUCCGUCUGCUCAUUUACAAUUUGCUCUGCGGCGUGAACUACCUGCACGCCGUGGGCAUCUACCACCGCGACCUGAAACCGGCCAACUGCCUGGUAAACCGCGACUGCAGCGUGAAGAUCUGCGACUUCGGUCUGGCGCGCACGGUCACCCACCGCCGCGACUCGGCUCCGCUCUCGGCGCACGGCUCCUACACCGCCCGCGAGGUGGAGGACGAGGUGUUCCGCGGCGACAGCAGCGUGAGGACGAUGCCCGACUCCACGCGUCUGCUUGACUACAACGAGGAGCUGGCGCACUUCCAGCGCAAGAAGAUGAACGAGACGUUCGCCCGGCAGCUGACCGGCCACGUGGUCACUCGGUGGUACCGCGCCCCCGAGCUCAUUUUGCUGCAAGAAAACUACACCUCCGCGAUAGACGUGUGGUCCAUUGGUUGCAUUUUCGCGGAGCUGCUGAACAUGGUGAAGAUGAACGUGCCGGACGCGUCUGCGCGUUCUCCCCUGUUCCCGGGGUCCUCGUGCUUCCCGCUUUCCCCCGACAACAAGAACUCCACGGACCGGGCUAAGGACAACGACCAGCUCAACAUAAUCUUCAACGUCAUCGGCACGCCGAGUGAGGAGGACAUCGCAGCGAUCGCAAAACCCGACGUGCGCCGUUACGUGCGCAUGUUCCACAAGCGCAAUGGCGUUGACCUUUACAAGCGUUUCAGGGCGACCCCGCCCCUGGCCGUCGACCUCCUGCAGCGCAUGCUGGUCUUCAACCCCGAGAAGCGCAUCAAGGUCAGCGAGGCGCUACAGCACGAGUAUUUCCGCGACCUCUACAACCCGCGCCACGCGGAGGUCCCAUCGCAGCCGGUUGUUGUGCCGUUCAACGACUGGAUCAACAUGUCCGAAGGCCAACUGCGGUACGCAUUUUUGCGUGAGAUUCAGCGACACCACCCCGAAUUCAAGAUCCCACUGAAGAUCAUCUACAAGCCCUAG